UUGCUCUCCAGCAGGCGGCUCCGUCUCUGGCUACUGGAUAGAGUUAGAGUAGGAGCCGCAUCUGUUCGGGAAUAGGGUGAUUGUUUCUUAUCCCCACGGAUCAGCCUGGACUAUCCGUAGUGUUUGAUUUCUCUACCGCUGGGCUUUGUGUUGCCCCUUGUCUGAAGAAUCAUUAUGGAUUAAACAGUUGUGCAACCCAAUGGAAGAACAUGAGUGCUGCUGACGUUAAGAAGCCUCCAGUGGCCCCAAAACCAAAACAUGUGCUGGCUCAGAAGCCGAGCCCUCCACCAGUUGCACCCAAACCAGAUUUAGUCCUGUCAAGUGCAUCACAGUCCUCCAGGAAGUCUAAACCAACAAUUGCACCAAAACCCAAGGUCCUUAAAGGCUCCUCUGUCUCUGAAGAUAGACCACAAUCAGCUAUAAAAUCAGUAAAUAUUAGCAAAGAACUUCAUAAAGGCAACAGCUCUGAAAACGUGAGAUGGAAAAAGGACACAAUUGAAAGCUCUACCUACAUUAUUCCAUCUGGUUCUUGUAAUUGUGACUGUGGCAAUAAAAUUGGAAAUGGGGAGUGUUUACAAAAAAAUCACAUCGUGAUAGAAAGGUUAGAGAAUUUAGAAAACAGAAAAAAUUGGGGUCAGCCAUUGUCGUGUACAAGGCCAAACAAGAAACCUUGCAGCCAACAAGUAAAGGGGGGUAAAGCACAACAAACAAUUUUAAAAGCCAACUCUCCUGUAGAUAAGGACAAAGAUGUUCUAAACAAGAGUGUUUUCACAAAUGGACAUGCCUACAAAUAUGAGAAUUCAGAAAGGGAUUUUAGGAAGGUUACUCAUACUUCUGUCAACUGCAAAACUGGGCACAAAACUUCAGAGACAUCUUUUUCCAUCUGUGAGGAACUUACACAUAAUGUGGAAAAUCAUAAUAAAUCAGAGGUUGAGGAGUCACGUUCUCUUCUUCUUAAAAGCAGUUCAGAACUCCAUUCAGAUUCUGAAAUUAUGGGACGUGAGAAGCAUCUUAAUGGCAAUUCAGUAACUGGUAAGUGGUCAACUAGGGAAGACGGUAACAUUCUGUGUCCCCCACAACGAGCACCACCUCCACUUAAGGUUCUCCCUGUACCAAAACCUAGGAAGUUACGAACACCAUGUCUAGUGCGCCAAGACUGUAUUGAAAGCCCCACGGAAGGUAAUGAAAAUCCUGCUUCCUUAGUUGCUUAUUCACAAAAUUUUAGUGAACAUGAAUUAAAUGGAAUUGACAACUGCAAUAAACAAGUGGAACCUUCUGAUAAAUGCAAUGCAAUUUUAAACCAAAUUGUUGCUAUAAGAACUGUAGAUGAGGUCAGUAUAGUGGAAAAGGAGGAUAUUUCUGUCAAUUCAGACACUGUUCGAUCAACAGCAGAUAAUCAAGAGGAGAAUAAUCCAAGUACUCCUGAUUUUAUGGAAAAAAGCUGCUUUGUAAGAUUUAGUUCACUGUCCAUGAGUUUGCCUAAGCAGCUGAAAUUAAUUUGUGAACAGAAUUCCCAUUCAAAUAAAAGUCUUAGAACUACUACUGAGACAAAAAAUACUAACAUCACAAAAAAUGUAAAUUCACCAAGGGUUCCUCCAAAGAAGCCACAAAGACACAGUUUGCCUGCAGCUGGCCUGCUUAAAAAAUCUGCUUCAGAAGAGCAGAUUGAUAAACUUCAUGACUUUAAUAAUAGUUCAGCUUCAAGAGGUGUUGCAGGUGCGGAAGAAAACCGUCACCCUUUCGCUAAUGAACAAAGUCUAUCAUCUUUAUUUAAUACUCCAAAGCAGCCUCCAGAAAAACCAGUUUGGAAGCUGCCACAUCCCAUUUUACCACUUGUAGGCAACCAAGAGUCCUUGAAGUCUUCUUUAAACAAUGAAGCUGUUAGCCCAAUUACCAAACCGAGAGCUAAAUCAUUGUCUUCUGUGGAUAUGGAUAGAAUAGACAAGCCCUUUAAAGAGAGCCCUAAAAAGAGCUCAUUACGAACAUUUUUAACUAUGAAGUUAUCCGUGUGUAUAAUAAAAAGUGACUUUCAGAAGUUUUUGUCCAGAGGUUGCAAAUCCUCAGAAAGUGCUUCCAGUGAUAUUUCUUGCUCAGGAAGCAGUCCGAUGCCGGUACCGUGUAGAAAUAAACCAGCAAAGGCACGUUCUGCAGAUUCUUACAGUCCUUCAACCCCAAAGAGAAAGCUGAAACACAAGAGUGAGUUCAGCAUUGCAAGUAAACCUACAACAUCAUCUCUUGAUGAGGAAUUGUUUUUAUCACAGAAGGAACUAUUGCCAUCUGCAGUAGAUUUUACAGACCUUGAUCCUCCAGAAUAUGAAAACAUAUGUCACUAUGAAGAAAUUCCAGAAUAUGAAAACUUGCCAUAUACCCUGGUUUCCGACAAAAACGAUGAAUCGGCAAUUUAUGAGGUGGAAGACCCAGAUGAAUCAUUUAGUAAUUUUGCAGUGUCCAGACAUGAAUACCACUGUGAGACAUCGCAGGAUGAGGCUGAUGAUGUGCUGGGUAUUGUUCACUCAGAUGAUGAAGAGAUUAUCAAUAGCUCAGAUGAGGAUGAAUUUAGCUCGGAUUCCAGCAAAGCGGAUCUUGAUCAUCUUGACUAUAAAAAGAACAAAGGAUCUGGGCAGAAGACUAAACUGUAUCACAUUGCCAAGGAGAUCAUGAGCUCAGAGAAAGCGUUUGUUGAUGCCCUAAAGCUGUUGCACAUUGAUUUCCGCUACGCUGUGGCUCAGACCUCUAAGCAACUUGGGAAACCAGUGGUGGAGGAUAAGGUCCUGAACCAGAUUCUGUAUUAUCUGCCUCAACUGUAUGAACUUAACUGUGAUGUCCUGAGAGAGCUGGAGGAACGGAUGUCUCCAUGGAAUGAGAAUCAGAAAAUUGCUGAUAUAUUUGUAAAAAAGGGUCCUUAUCUUAAGAUGUAUUCUACAUACAUCCGGGAAUUUGAUCGGAAUGUUGCUUUGCUGGAUGAACAGUGCAAAAAGAAUCCUUCAUUUGCUGGAGUUGUUAAAGAUUUUGAGAUGAGUCCUCGGUGCGCUAAUUUGGCUCUGAAGCAUUAUUUGCUCAAACCAGUUCAAAGGAUUCCCCAGUACAGAUUGCUAUUAACAGAUUAUCUUAAGAACCUCACAGAUGGAUCUUCUGAUUAUAGCGAUACACAAGCUGCCCUUUCUGUUGUCAUAGAAGUAGCUAACCACGCCAAUGAUAUCAUGAAGCAGGGGGAUAACUUUCAAAAACUAAUGCAGAUCCAAUACAGUCUGAAUGGUCAUCAUGAGAUUGUGCAGCCAGGAAGGGUCUUUUUGAAAGAGGGGACUUUGAUGAAGCUGUCCAGGAAAGUCAUGCAGCCUCGAAUGUUUUUCCUGUUCAAUGACACCUUGUUAUACACAACACCUGUACAGUCAGGCAUGUACAAGCUUAACAACAUGCUCUCUUUAGCUGGUAUGAAGGUUAACAAACCAACACAAGAAGCCUACCAAAAUGAACUGAACAUAGAAAGUGUGGAGAGGUCCUUCAUUCUGUCUGCCAGUUCAGCUACAGAAAGAGAUGAUUGGCUUGAAGCAAUUUCUAGAGCAAUUGAGGACUAUAGCAAGAAAAAAAUUACCUUCAAUCCUGCUAGAAGUCUGGAAGAGGUUGACACUGACAAUGAGAAAGGUGACAGCCCACUUGGAACCAAGGCACCCAUUUGGAUCCCAGAUGUCAGAGUUACAAUGUGCAUGAUCUGUACAAGCGAGUUCACACUGACUUGGAGGAGGCAUCACUGUAGAGCAUGUGGAAAGAUCAUAUGCCAGGCGUGUUCCACCAACAAACAUAGUCUAGAGUAUCUGAAGAACCAUUUAGCACGUGUCUGUGACCACUGCUUUCAGGAACUCCAGAAGCAAGACAAUCACUAUACUCCCAAGACAGGGUCUCCUGCAAACCACAAAUCUCCAUCCAGUGCCUUAUCUUCUGUCCUCCACAGCAUUCCAUCAGGAAGGAAACAGAAGAAAAUUCCAGCUGCUCUCAAAGUCUCUGCAAGCACAGAAGAUUCCUCAAUGAGUGGCUAUCUGCAACGAGCCAAGGGAAACAAGAAGCAAUGGAAACAGCUGUGGUUUGUGAUAAAAAACAAAGUGCUCUACACAUAUGCUGCUAGUGAGGAUAUAGCAGCCUUGGAGAGCCAGCCUCUUCUAGGAUUCACAGUCAAGGAAGUGAACGAUGAUAGUGUGGAAUCCAACGUCAUUCACCUACUGCACAAAAACACUUUAUUUUAUAUCUUUAAAGCAGAUGACGCACAUACUACACAAAGGUGGAUUGAAGCAUUCCAAGAAGCAACAAUAUUGUAACAACUUUUCUUUGAAAAUUGAGGAUGAAAAUAAAUACUGCCACAUUUGUAUACUUUAUGCAAAAAUCCCCAAUUCAACAAACCUACAGCAUCAAUUUUGUGAUUUUCCUCAUGUUUAUAGUUUUAAUGUAUUUUAUUAGUUUGUAAAAUAGUCUGGAAUUGAUAAUAUGUUUUAAUGCAAGUUCUGUAAAUAUUAUUUAUUAAAACACAAAUGUUUACUUUGUCAGUAAAUGUAUUUUGGGAGCUCACAUAAAACACAGAGCUUUUUGUGUUUUGUAGAUAUUAUGUAUAUUUUUUUUUAUCUUUUUCACUGUCCAAGCUGUAAUUUUGUUCAUUUUUAUGUCAAUAGAAUAUUUACAUAAAAACCUUGAAAAACAA